CUAAUUAGCCCUCCUCUUAUCCUUCCUCACAACUUUGUCUGUACACACAAGCAUAUUGUCAUCUCCGCAUCUUGUUCUCGACGGCGUUGCCUGUUACACCAUCUAAUCUUGCCUCACUCCCCUUUCCCGUUGCUUGUUUCCAGGUAUAUGCAGUAAUUCUGUCACGAUACUCACAGCCUGCAUUGUUUUUAGAGGUCAGGAUGACUCGGCGUGGUAUCAAAAAGGAACCUUGCGAUCGAUCACCAUCGUCAACCUCGACAUCUGUACCAGCACCAGCGUCUUUGCCUUCAAACAACAUGGGCCCACCUUCCAAGAUGACUCGAAUUGAAGACACAAUUGACACGCAGUCCGUCACUGUUUCGUUCAUCAGAUCGCAUGCGCCUUCAGCAGAAACCCGUCAUCGUACAAAUGACGACGAUGGGGAGCCUAUCUACCUUGAACGCAGAUUGCGUGGGGGUAAUGAUCUGGGCGGAAGCCCUCUGGCAUCUCAAGCUGCGGACACGAGCUUUGCCCACACAAGUUUCUCACACCCUACAUUCACUAACAUUGGUGUAAAACUGAGGGAGUUCAACAAUACAGUGGGGAGUCUCCAGCAACUCGGCGUAUCUCACGUAGCAGAACUACCAGAACUCGUGCUCGUGGGUGACCAAUCAGCUGGCAAGUCGAGCCUUAUGUCUGGACUGGCAAGAGUAGAUCUACCCUGCAGUGCAGGUGUAGGCACGCGAUGCCCAAUCCACAUUAGACUGAUUGAUGCCAGUAAUGGCCAUUGGUCUUGCACAGUGGCUUUACAAGUUGAUUAUGACUUCGAACCAAAAGGCAAGAUCAAGAAGUCAGAUGUUACAGCAAAUAACCCAUUUCCUCCCUGGGUUAAGAAAUCACAUCGAGACAAUAAAAUCUUCAAAACGAUCUUUGAUCCGUCUGAGAUUGAAGAUGUCUUAAGAUGGGCACAGGUUGCCAUUCUCAACCCGGGAACGGAUCAUGAAUUAUACAUACCUGGUGAGGGAGCGAUUGCCAAGACAGAAGACCUUGCGGAAGCGGCACGGAAUUCAGGCGCACAGUUCUCUCCUAAUAUUAUUUCCCUUGAAAUCAAGGGACCAGAGCUGCCCGGACUAUCAUUCUAUGAUCUCCCAGGAGUGUUCCUCUCUCCGGAUCAGGAGGAAGAUGAAUAUAUAGUCAGAGUCGUCCGCAACUUGACCAGUCAUUAUAUCAAGCGGGAAGGUGCAAUAAUAAUGUGGGCUUUGCCCAUGAACCACGAUCCUGAAAACUCCAUUUCCUUGGGCAUUAUCAGAGAGGCCAAAGCGGCCCAAAGAACUAUUGGAAUAAUGACCAAGGCUGACAAACUGGCACCGGAGAAUAAGACACAAUGGCUUCAAAUGUUUUAUGGCGAGAAGCAGUCUGUCGGGCACGGCUUUUUUGCAACGUCUCGACCACCAGGCGAAACACUUGAAUCCGCAAGUACGUGGGAGCGGCUAUUCUUCGCUCGUGAAGGGGCGACGGGAGACACAUGGCCGAUUGAGUUUGAUAAGUUCAAAGAUCGGUGUGGUGUAAAUCUGCUAUCUGAGUAUAUUUCAGUUCAGCUCGGCAAUGCAUUUGCUAAAAGUCUCCCCACAAUCAAAGGCAAAUUAUAUACGCGAUUGAGAGAAAUUGAACAGCAACUCGAAGGCCUUCCGGAAAUCCCUUAUAACGUUGAACACGAAGUAAAAAGCUCCCUAUAUCACUUCCUUGGUCGGAUGAAAACCGCCAUCAAAGACUCAGAAUUCUCGUCUCAAUGGAACACAUUGAACAAUCAGUUUAGAGACAUCAUUUUUCAGAUCAAGCCGACGUGUCGUGUCAAAGAGCCCACAACACAGACCAUUGAUCUGUCUGAUGCUGACACAGAAGUUUCUGCGGUAACCCCAUCUCGCAGACCCCGGCCAUCUGAUUCGACGAUGCGGGGUACGCCUAGUAAAAGACCUCGACUUGACGAGGUGCCGGCUACGCCGGUGAAGAAUGAAAGCUUUACUGGUAGUGGUGUGUUUCAUGCGUCACCAGUCAUUAGCACUGGGCCUACGGUGGACCUUGGUCCAUUUACGAGCUUCCGUAACCUUGGUAGGUUGGCGAUGGACAUACGCGAUAUUCGAAGUCAAGUGGCAAAAAAGCAACGUCCUGGAAUGCCUCGGGAUUUGGUUCCUGACGAAGUACGGGAAAGUCUUUGCCUUGAUGCAGUAAAAAAAUGGUAUGGGCCACUGGAAAAGUACAUAGAUAAGACAGCGGAGCUGCUUGAAACCAUGGCCCAUGAAGCACUUGAAGACUCGCUUGGUGUCCUACGACGCCGCCUAAUAUUCAGAGAAUGCGAGGGCAACCUCAAAGAGUUCAUCGAUGAACUGGUUGCCGAUCAAAGAGGACGACUGUCGGAGAUCUAUGAUUCAGAAACAUACCAAAUGUAUGUUCUGAACGAAGAUACGUUUACUCGAUACCGGGCACAAGAACUUGAGCAGCUCCGACGAGCAAGGGCCAUCUUUCGGCUCAAAGGUGCCGCGUUAAUAGAGUGGACGUACGUCAUUAAGAAGCUGGAAGAGAUGACGAACGAGGAGAAGGAUAGGGAAGCCAAGAUAUUGAGUCAUCAACUUCCUAAGUUAGGGCGUGAUCCAUACGAUACCGAAAUUGAGGUCGCGGCCUUCGUCAGGGGGUAUUAUAGAACUGCUGCCGCCCGUUUUGUCGAAGGAGUAACAAUGAAUGUGAAUUCUUUCUUGUUUCGAAAAAUUGGCAGUACCGCAUUAGACAUGUUUAUGGAUCGCAAACUUGGUUUUUUUAGCCAAUCUGGUAAGUUUAGCCCUAAUAAAGCAUCUGAAAGCUUUGUCUUAUAGUGGUACUUCAACAGGACCGAGCGUGUAUACACACCUCAUGGAAGAGGACGAUAAAACGGCGAGCUUGCGUGAAAGACUCAAGGGCGAGUUGGAGAAACUCACACAAGCUAUGAACAGCAUCAACGGGCUGCAAAGCCCAGCUCGUUCUAUGACGGUUGUUGAUUCUGAUGACAUGGCAGAUGACGGUUUUUGAAUUGCAUUCCUUGAGUACUCUGGUUGUUUCUUGCUUGCGAAAUCUUGGAACUUGUGUGUACCGACUACAGCCCUCGUUUAAC